CUCGGAAUCGAAAUGGCGAUUCCAAAUCUGUUAUCAAAAUUUUCUCCAUCUAUAAAUACUACUCACGCACACUUUUUACACAGCCUUACGAACUUACACAUAGUCACACACACAGAAGAAGAGGAAAAAUUUGCUUAAGAGAGGGAGAAGAGGAGAAGUUGCUUCAGAGAGGAAGAAGAAAAGUUGGUAACGAUGGCGAGGAGACCAGUGAACGCGUUUGCAAAUAAGGAGAACAAAGCUAGGCUCACGAGGCACGCUGUCCUGGGCUGGAUGCCGAGGGACCUCUCCACCUACAAGACGAAGUUUUGCCGCGCUUGGGCGAGGAAGAGAGGGAAUGGGCAGCCUCGAUUUUGCCCUCAUGGAAAUCGGUGUUGGUACGCUCAUGACAACGGGGAGCUACGCACCCCAGAUCGCCAGCAGAUCCCUAGGCCUUGUCCCUUGUACCGUGAGAAGGGGGAUUGCUACUUUUCUGUACUUGGUUUAACAUGCUGCUUUUCCCAUGCUGGGAUCCCGUCCAGGGGGAGGCAUUGAAAUUACAAGGGAGUCACUAUACAUCUGCGAUCUACCUAUAACAACACACUCUAGUCUACCAUGUCGCCCAGCCCACCAUCUUACUGUUUCACAUUGGUUGGCUGUUGAAUAUUGACUUACCAUCGAACUCAUUGUCGUUGUGCUUAUGACACGUUGUUGUGGCUGUUGGAUACUGACAAACUAUAUAUGUGACAGAACAUGCUUAUGUCUUAUCUUUUUUCUUUAUAUUUUUUUGGUUUGUGUGUUUUUCUUUAAUGCUCAUCCUUUGAUAGCUC